CGUUCCCCGCCUCCGGACUUCGACGACGUGAAAUCUAAAACCCUAGCCCUAGCGCGCGCGCUCUCCCUCCCUCUCUCUGUCGGCGAUCUAGGGUUUUGUUCUCAGUUAGAGACUGUGAAGCCAUGGCGACCCGAGCUCUAUCGCAAAAGGAGCAGGACAUCCAGAUGUUGCUCGCCGCCGAGGCCCACCUCGGCACCAAGAACUGCGACUUCCAGAUGGAGCGUUACGUUUACAAGCGUAGAUCUGAUGGUAUCUACAUCAUCAAUCUCGGAAAAACUUGGGAGAAGCUUCAGCUUGCCGCCCGGGUUAUUGUCGCCAUUGAGAACCCCCAGGAUAUAAUUGUGCAAUCCGCAAGGCCAUAUGGCCAGAGAGCUGUCCUGAAGUUUGCACAAUACACCGGUGCUCAUCCCAUAGCAGGGAGGCACACACCCGGAACCUUCACGAAUCAAAUGCAGACAUCAUUUAGUGAGCCUCGCCUUCUCAUCCUCACUGACCCUAGAACUGACCACCAGCCCAUCAAGGAAUCUGCUCUUGGAAACAUCCCUACUAUUGCUUUCUGUGACACUGAUUCCCCGAUGCGAUUUGUUGAUAUUGGCAUUCCAGCCAACAACAAAGGGAAGCACAGUAUUGGUUGUCUUUUCUGGUUGUUGGCCAGGAUGGUGCUUCAGAUGCGUGGCACAAUUGCUCCUGCACACAAGUGGGAAGUGAUGGUCGAUCUGUUCUUCUAUAGAGAACCUGAAGAGGCCAAAGAACAGGAAGAAGCAGAGGCUCCGGUGGCUCCUGAUUAUGGUGCUGUGACUGAGUUCACAGGCAUGGGUGGAGCUGACCAGUGGACUUCUGACAAAUGGGCAGACAUGGGAGCUGGUGCCCCUGUCUCUUCAGUUCCUGCUGGUGACUGGCCUGCUGCUCCAGCUCCAGUAGUGGGUGAUGGAUGGGAUGCUGCUGUUGCUCCUUGCCUGCCUGGUCGUACCUGCCGGUUGGCUUGGAAGCUGCACCCCCAUCUGCUACAGGCUGGGAAUAGAUCUUUAGUUUUCAUGGUGAAUUGGGGUCUGGCUUUAUAAAGAUCGUUUAGAUGUUGCGUGAAAAUUGUUAUUGUUUUAUUUAGUUUUCCACUUUUAGGCUGCUGAACUGUUUUUACUCCUUCAUUGGUUGUAUCUUUUCUCUUUCUUUUUCUCUUGAAAACAUGGAUAAGAGUAAAUUUUGUUAUGUUUGGCAUCAUGGUUGUCUUAAUGUGUAAUUUUAUUUUUUUCCCUUAGA